GCAUCUGACUUCAAGAAGAGUUACUGGCUAAGGGAGAUGUGACCGAUGCACAGGAAGACAUGGCCAAUAUACAGAACACCAUUCUGAUGGCAAUGCUGGUCACAGGUCUGGGGAUGUUAUGCUUGAGAACCAUGGCAACAGAGGAUUCCCAGUGUCAACGGCUUGAGCACCCUAUUGUUACAAGUGAAGAAAUUGCUCCCUGGCUACAUGUAUUCAGAGCAGAAAAUGCUGUUGACUUCUCCCAGAUAACAUUUGAUCCAAGGCAAAAAGAACUUAUUGUUGGAGCAAGAAAUUACCUCUUCAGGCUUCAUAGUGAGGAUCUUUCUCUUAUCCAGGGUGUGGAGUGGAAUUGUGAUGAGGCUACUAAAAAAGCUUGUUACAGUAAAGGCAAAUCAAAGGAAGAGUGUCAGAAUUACAUUCGUGUUCUCCUCAUUGGUGGGGAGAGGCUCUUUGCAUGUGGAACUAAUGCAUUUACACCAAUUUGCACAAAUCGGACGCUAUAUAACCUGGAAGAAGCUCAUGAUCACAUCAGCGGCAUGGCACGCUGUCCAUACAGCCCCCAGCACAACUCCACAGCUCUCCUUGCAAGUACUGGCGAGUUAUAUGCAGCAACAGUAAUGGACUUUCCAGGAAGAGAUCCUGCCAUUUAUCGCAGCUUGGGGAUUCUUCCCCCACUCCGGACUGCACAGUACAACUCUAAGUGGCUCAAUGAACCAAAUUUUGUGUCUUCCUAUGACAUCGGAAACUUCAUCUAUUUCUUCUUCCGAGAGAAUGCAGUCGAACAUGACUGUGGGAAAAUAGUCUUUUCUCGGGCCGCUCGAGUUUGUAAGAAUGACAUUGGAGGCAGGUUUUUGCUGGAAGACACCUGGACCACCUUCAUGAAAGCUCGCUUGAACUGCUCCCACCCUGGAGAAAUUCCAUUUUACUACAAUGAAUUACAGAGUACGUUCUUCCUGCCAGAACUGGACUUAAUCUACGGGAUCUUUACCACUAAUGUGAACAGCAUAGCCGUUUCGGCUGUUUGCGUAUUCAACAUGACUGCAGUAACUCAAGUCUUCAGUGGACCAUUCAAGUACCAAGAGAACUCUCGCUCUGCCUGGCUGCCUUAUCCCAACCCUAACCCUAAUUUUCAGUGUGGCACCAUGGACCAAGGUUCGUAUUUGAAUCUGACGGAGAGGAACCUUCAAGACGCCCAGAAAUUUAUUUUGAUGCAUGAAGUGAUCCAGCCAAUCACACCAGUUCCUUACUUCAUGGAGGACAACAGCCGUUUUUCCCAUGUGGUAGUGGACGUGGUGCAAGGCAAAGACAUGCUUUUCCAUAUCAUCUAUUUGGCUACAGAUCAUGGCACAAUUAAGAAAGUACUUGCUCCAGUUAAUCAAACCUCAAGCAGCUGCUUGCUGGAAGAGAUUGACAUCUUCCCAAAGAAGCAGUGGGAGCCCAUCAGGAGUCUGAAGAUCUUGCACAGUCAGAGUGCGCUCUUCGUGGGCCUGCAGAGGAGUGUGGUGAAGAUCCCGCUGAAGCGCUGCCUGUUUUACAAAACACACAGCGCAUGUGUUGGAUCCCAGGAUCCUUACUGUGGCUGGGACCUGGUGCUAAAGAAAUGCACACCGCUGGAGGAGAGCCUGAGCAUGAGUCAGUGGGAACAAAACAUCUCUGCGUGUCCAACAAGGAAUUUGACCGUGGAUGGCCACUUUGGAACCUGGUCGGAGUGGAAGUCUUGCACACACAUGGAUACCUCCAGUGUAGGCCUUUGCCUCUGCAGAACACGCGCAUGUGAUAACCCAGUCCCAAAAUGUGGAGGGCGGCAGUGUGAAGGGCCAAGUAUGGAAAUUGUCAACUGCUCCAGAAAUGGAGGCUGGACUCCUUGGACAUCCUGGUCUCCUUGCAGCACGUCCUGUGGAAUAGGCUUCCAGGUCCGCCAACGUUCCUGCAGUAACCCAAGCCCUCGGCAUGGAGGCCGUGUCUGCGUAGGACAGAACCGAGAAGAAAGGUACUGUAAUGAGCAUUUGCUGUGUUCCCCACAUGUGUUCUGGACUGGCUGGGGCGCAUGGGAACAUUGUACAUCCCCAUGUGGAGGAGGGAUUCAGGCCCGCCACAGAGCCUGUGAAAAUGGCCCCGACUGCCCUGGCUGCAAUGUUGAGUAUCAAGCUUGCAACACCAGCCCCUGUCCAGAGUUAAAAAAGACAACUCCUUGGACUCCGUGGACUCCGGUGAAUAUCUCGGACAACGGCGGGCAUUAUGAACAACGAUUCCGAUAUACUUGCAAGGCACGGCUUCCUGAUGCAAGUUUGUUAGAUGUGGGAAGGCAGAGGAUUGAAAUGCGUUACUGUUCUAGUGAUGGUACCACUGGAUGCUCAACAGAUGGUGAUUUCAUGCAUUCUGGACGUUAUUCUGCUCAUACAAUUAAUGGUGCCUGGUCCCCCUGGUCUCCGUGGUCUCAGUGUAGCCGUGACUGCAGCAGAGGCAUUCGCAACCGCAAACGCAUUUGCAACAAUCCUGAGCCGAAGUAUGGAGGAUUGCCAUGCUUGGGGCCAUCCCUCGAAUACCAAGAAUGCAACAUUCUCCCAUGCCCAGUUGAUGGAGGUUGGUCUUGCUGGUCAUCGUGGUCCAAGUGCUCCACCACCUGUGGAAGUGGGCAUUAUAUGAGGACCCGCUCAUGCACAAGCCCAGCGCCAGCUUAUGGAGGCGACAUCUGCCUCGGACUCCACACGGAAGAAGCCCUCUGCAACACACAGCAAUGCCCAGAUAGCUGGUCUGACUGGUCACAGUGGUCUAGCUGCGGUUCACCUGGAGCCCAAUUCCGCACCCGCCAGUGCAAUGUUUUGUUUCCUGUGGGUCACCAGUGCUCUGGGAAUUCCACCGAGAGUCGUCCGUGUGUUUCUGAUUCCAAUUUCUUACCAGACAUAACAGUAGCGAGGACCAGCAGCAUCAAGGAAAAACGAUGUGGCGAGUUCAAUAUGUUCCACAUGACUGCUGUGGGGCUGAGCAGUUCCAUUCUCGGGUGCCUUCUGACUCUCCUAAUUUACACGUAUUGCCAACGGUAUCAGCAACAGUCCCACGAUGCAACUGUCAUCCACCCAGUCUCUCCUGCUCCUCUUAAUACCAACAUCACUAACCAUAUCAACAAGCUGGAGAAGUAUGAUUCCGUAGAAGCCAUUAAGGCAUUUAACAAAAAUAAUUUGAUCUUGGAAGAGCAAAACAAGUACUUUAAUCCACACCUCACUACGAAGGCAUAUUCCAAUGCCUAUUUUACAGAUCUGAAUCACUAUGAUGAGUAUUAAAAGGGUCCCUGUAUAACUGAUAAUUGUCCCUAAGGCAAAAUACACUUCAACAUUUUAGUAUCAUGUUGUUGCCAACUUC